UCCGUCGUUUGUUCGCGAUCGCACGCGCAUUUCGCCAGUCUCGCGCACAUGGUCGAUGUCGAAGAGUGAUUACAGCGACAGCAGAGGACAGAAACCCGCUCGUUUGCCGGGUGCUUGCCUAAUGAUUCAGAGUGUGCUUUAUGGGUGUAAAAUUUUGGGGGACCUGAGUUAAUUAGAGCCAAGUGUUGUUUUGUGUGCGUCUAGAACUGUCAUCAACGUCAUUAACCCGCGGUGGAUUAAUUCCGCGCCGCCGCCGUGAGGCGUUGACCGUGAGAACUGAGAGCAGGGCUUCCGGUUUGUUUGGACCUGGAUUGGCGCAGUAGAACGAAAUGCAAAACAGUGAUCGGAAGGAAAUGUGAAUGAAUUGUUUGAUUUGAUUCCUAUAAGUGUAAUUGAAAAAUUUUUGCUAGUGAAAAUGAAUUUCGGCAUGACAUUACAAAAGUAACAGUAAAUGUGCAAAAAGUUACCCGAUGCGGUUUCUGGAAAAAUAAUUAUUCUAUAAUACAAAACCAACGACACAAAUUCUGAUCCUAAUCUCAACUACGAAACGGAACGAAACUCUCACGACAGUGCUCAUUAGAUUCAGCAACCAACGACCGAGUGGCGAACCGUGUCGAACGCCAUCAGCUUCAUAUGGGUGUAAUGAAGUAAAUUGAUGAUCGGAUUAAUCUCCCGAUUAUGUGAUGACAGCGACAAGUCAACGUUCAACGACUUCUCUUCGCUAUCGCCACCGCCUGUGUCACAUCCUAGGACGAUGCUGAAACUGGACUUCCCACUUUACCUGAGAUGACACUGCCUGAUUCAGCGGUAGGAAGCCAAUUGAAAUAAUCACUACGGCACAGCCCCGGUUUUUAGUGGUCCAAGAGUGGGAAGAUUCGCAACGGCCACGGAGGCGAUGUUCAUGAACCUCAUGUGUGUGAAAGUCUAAAGAGGGAAAACGAGAACAGUCAGUGAGAAGCAAGACUUACAAAGUAAGCUAUCACAGUGAAAUUGCAGCGGUGUGAAGUAGUGAAUUUUAAUUAGUAUCCAGGAAAGGAGUUAAUGCCCGCAGAGGGCUAGUUUAUAGCAUCUUAUUUUACGCUAAACAUGGAAAUCACAAGGCGGAGAAAAAGCUGGCAUCCGUACAGCGUUGGUUUAGUUCUACUUGUGAUGUCGACCAACGGUGGAACCAUCCAGAUAGACAACCGACUAGUGCAGCCACAGCAUGAUUGUUUUGAGCGGAUAGCUUUGGGCGCUAUGCUCCCCUUCGAGAAGACAUUCCGGAACUCUGAUACGAACUCAUUGAAAAUAUGCGAAACGCUUUGUCUCAAUGACAAGGAGUGCCAAACAUUCGCCUUUGGCAUUUCUGGUCGAGGAAAUGGAACUUGUCAAUUGUCAGCGAAUAUUAUCGAUGCCACUAAUUCUCGCCCAGUCGGAACCAUUUUCGACCCUGACUUUGAUCUCUACGCACGAAAGUAUAACUGUUUUUUAGACACAGGUGGGCCGUCGAAUCCUCCUCCGCGUCCAGGCCUGGGUAACUUUCCCGGAAAUGAACUACCGCCAGGUGGAACACAACGACCGACAGCGUCGUUUCCACCUUCAUCGGGAGCCCCAGAACGACCUGGACCUCCAAUUUUCACCCCUGCCGGUACUACAGCUCCCGGAGAGCCGAUAUCAUCAACCAGUAACGGAGGAGGAUUUACAGACGCUCGCCCAACGAGCGAAUAUCCAGGAACAUAUUCAUCAAGCGUAGGAACGACUUAUGGGCAAUCCACCGGUGAAACCAUUCAGGAAACAACCGCUCCAGACGAAGAAUAUUACACAACAAAUGGGCAACCUUCGUCAACUUUAACCGGCCACUACACUCCAUCCACCAGUGUUGCAACCGGUCCUCAGAUCUCAACCGGUCCAGAUCGUCUACCACCAAAGCAAUCGCCAACGAUGCCCGCCGAAUCACCCACAAAAUAUCCUCUUGAUCUCAGACCAAGCUAUCCUGGAUCGGGUCCGUCCCGACCGGGGAACUACCCCAACUAUCAGUUCCCAAUGCUCUACGAAACAAAUUACCCAAUGCCCAACACCAAUGAACGACCGCCCGAUAUAUACGCACAAAGCAUCCCAUCGCUUGAUAACAACUACCUUCGUCCGGAGUACGCCGGAUACUUUGGACAUCGUCCAUCGGGCCCAACAGCGCCAACGGGAAAUAUGAAACCUGUAGACAACACCAUAUCGAACUAUGGCGGCACGGGACCUCAACGACCGAUCGACAACAAACCCUCCGGUUACGGGGGAUCUCCUUUACGACCAUCCGGAUCUGGAUCUGGACCUAGUUCACCGGGAUACGUCACUCGACCACCUCCAGUGGGACCAUCCGGCUCAGAUGGUUACAAAGUAACGGAAGAAAAACAUGACCUACAUCCGACGAAAAUCCGACCGUGUUACCGACGUGUGCUGGCCGGGAAACGAGUUGCCCCGCAAUGGGUACGGAGGACGCUCAUCUGUGAACGCGUGGAAGACUGCCAACGAGAAUGUGGGGACGAACGCAGAUUCCCAUGCGAAGGAUUCAACUACAGACUUGAUCCUACUGGUCGAGGUCAAGGAGACUGUGAGCUAAUAGAUCAACCGCUAUCCCAAAUCGAUCUAUACUCAAGUCCCCAUCAGCGGGAUUCGAACCUCAUCCGUGAUCCAGAUUACGACUACUACGAGCGUGAUCGAAGCGCUUCUCACUCCUGUCGACCCAACUAUGGUUGCAAGGACUGUGGCAUAAAGCCUUAUCGACCAUCGAUCGACUAUGUCAGACCAACCACCUACCGGCCCCAUCCAGAAAACUACAAACCGUUUCCUCCACUCGAUCGUAUUCCUUACGAAGAAAAUCGUUACAAACCGAUUACAUCGAUAGAUAAGUAUCGACCGCCAACCUUUACUCGACCUGACUACGAUCGCUAUGCUUCGGGCUACUAUCCACCACCUGCUCCACCGCCAUUCAAACCCAGCUACGGAGGGGAUAUUGACCGUUACGGAUCAAUCGAUCAUGAUCAGUACAAACCCCCACAACAUGGAACUUACGUUAGCGGAUCGUAUGAUCGUAAUGACUACUUCCGACCUUCCUAUUCCUAUCCGGAGGAUGAUCGACCAUUCCUUCAUAGACCUCGUCAUCCAUACGAAGAUCGUGAUUCGGCACCGCCACCACCGCCACCUCCUGCGCAAUAUCCACAUACCUCGCACUCCGAAAAACCAAGCACUUUUAUCCCGUACCUCAUCGGUCAAGACGUACACAAAAACUGGGGUACUUAUGGCGGAACUUACGGUCACAGCGGAACAGAUUCUUACAAAUCAACAUCCGAUUAUUGGGGGCUACGAAACGAAGUCAAACGCUACGAUGGACCAGGUUUCAAUUACUUCGAAUUGAAAAACGACAACCAUCCGGAGGACAACACCAUUUUAAGCUACGGCGGACGCAAAUACAGUUACGAAGAUUCGAACGCGCUAGCCAUUCCGGAUUACCGCCCGGAUCGUGUUGCACACUUUGGACCCCAGUGGACGCGGCGACCCGGACACGAUGAGUGUUCCGUGAAGUCUAGCGAAGGCUUCCGACUGCAUAAAGGAAUCGUCAAGUACGCACUGAACACCCCGACGGUGAUUGAAUGCGAACGGACGUGUUACUCGGAGUCGCGAUUCCGCUGUAUGACGUUCAGCUACCGGUAUUCAACUAUUUCGCGGGAAAAUUGUCUACUGUGCGACCGACCGUACCAGCUGUUAGAUUUCUACGCUGAUGUCGAGCCGGACCGGGACUACGAUAUCUACGCGAUGACGGAUGACACUCGAGUAUGCCGACCGGAUGCACAUCCACCGAUUAGGGACGUUAAUGCACAAUGCUUCAUCCGGGUGAUCGACACAUCGCGCUUCUACAAGGGAAUCGUCCGUGACUCGCUCACAGUACGAUCGGUCGGCGAAUGCGAACUAGAAUGCAUCAGGGCUUCCAAGUUUACCUGCCGGGCGUUCACCUACAGCUUUGGUCCGCAUUCCAUCAACUCCGUUAUCGACAACUGUCAGCUGUCGGAUUGGCCCGUCCGAGAUAUGGACAAAGAUCGCCAUCUGGUGUUCGACGAUAGUUUCGACGUGUUCGAACGGGCAAGCUAUGGACAAGGUUGCGAAAUUCAACCCAUCAUCGACGAUAAACAUGCGAAGAAAUUCUGCUAUCUGGGUUAUGGAUCACCAGCCAAACUGCUGUCAUCCGCCAUCAAGAAGGUAAUAUCGGUCAACACGGAACUCGACUGCAAAAACGAAUGCGUUCGGCUCAGGGAGACAUCCGCAUUCAAGUGUUUAUCAUUCAGUUUUGGCGCUCAAGCUUCAACAUACAAUUGUGAGAUGUCUGACCUAGAUCAGAGCGAGCUCAAACUGGGAGUUCAUUAUGCCCAUACUAACGAUCGUGACUACUGGCUGUUCGCAUGGAAUCCAUUCGACUACACGUGUCGAGAUAAGAUCACCACAAUUAGCAGCGGCAAUGGGAAUCGCGUCAACCACGAUCGCCGGAUGGACAUAUUCCGGGAGCCGGGUGACGGAAGUUGGCGCCAGUACACCGUGUCGGGCAAACCAUGCCGGCUCGGGACCAAGUGCGAGCGCAACAAGAUCACUGGGUUCUACUCGUGCGAGAUAGAGGGUGAUGAGGUUGGUGCAUGGGACUAUUGCUGCAAACCGGAGCACCCUUGCGGCUACUCGCAAGGGUUCGAGUAUCCAUGGUGCUUCGUGGGAGAUGCUCCCGACCAGUGGCGCAAGUGCAGCGAUAAGUACUUCCCCAAGAAACCUAACCAUAGCCAUGGGCACCCCAAUGGGAUCGCCGAUGGUACGCGUCAUCAAGACACGAAUAAAAAGGGUGAAAUCUUUCAGUCACCACCGAAACCGGGCGGACUGAGACACCUGGACGACGUUACGGCGCCGGCGGAACUGUGGCCGGUGACGUUCCUGUACGACAAGGGUCCGCCCGGUAGCAGUACCAGCGGUGGUGGCAUGACCGUUUCCGCCUCGAAGCAGAUUCCCUUGGUGGGCGGCAAUGCGACCCAACUCAGCAGCAACGUGGUCGAUUGCAAGAAGGACAAGUGCUAAGAAAUAGGACAACUUUUCAAAAAGACGAAUGAUGUGAUAAUACGUGAUGAUGGGCAUAUGUAGUGGACGUUCGAAUAGCAACUAGCAAUGAUUUGUUAGUGAUAAGCAUUUAUAGCAGCAGCAGCAGUUGUUUGGGCUCUCUUCUUCUAAUAAUAUUUGGAACCUGGAAGUUGAUUAAGAUGGCGCAAUGCCGAUACGAUAUUCGCGCCCGAGCAUACCUAUCUUAUGAGUGAAUGAUUCAGUACUGCCAAAAUGAUCUUCAAUCUUCAUUUCAAUUAAUAUAAAUAUUUAUGCUACUAUCGUGUUAGAAAGCAACAUCGUGAGCUCUUACCACUUUCUUUAUCGUGUACAGAAGGAUCUGAGAUACGUGAUCUGAGAAUCACGACUUUUGUGGCACUCAUAAAGAAAGCAGGUGACAAAAUUCAUCAACAAAAGGGAUUUAAAUUAUUCGUAAGGCCUGAUAUACUAUGGUAGAUUUAAUUUUUAGCUAUAAAAAUAUACAUUAAAAUAAAGUGUAUUCUAAAAUA